AAUAAAAUUCAACCACCAAAGGGACAAAUUUGAACAGGACUAGAACCCUAGGGGUUCGAGUUGAAAUAACGAAAGUCGAACUCUGACUUGCGCAUAUGAGAGAGCACAAGAAGUUUUACUUCGUUGCCAUCUUCUACCUCCGAACACUCUAAUUAGACCAGACCUGAGGGUAAAAAUGGAACAAGUGUUAUUCCAGCCGAUAGUCGCUGCGUUAAUUUCAUCCGCAAUCGCCAUUAGAGCUUAUAAAAGGAAGUCUCUUAACUUAUCGGGAGCAUUUACGGGGUUUGUAGUUAUGGCGAUUCACAUCGGUGUCAAUUACAGGAUCGGAGCUAUGUUGCUUGUUUUCUUUUUCUCUUCAUCCAAGCUUACGAAAUUCGGGGAGGAGAAAAAGCGAAUCGUUGACGCUGAUUUCAAAGAGGGAGGUCAACGCAAUUGGAUACAAGUUAUGAGCAAUAGUGGCAUUGCUACUCUUUUAGUCAUGAUUGUUUGGAAGUUGACAGGAUUCCAGGACAAGUGCUUGGACUCAAAAGAAUCAAGUCUUGUAACAUCUCUUAUUGGUGGUAUUAUUGGUCACUAUUGCUGCUGCAAUGGAGAUACUUGGUCGUCAGAGCUUGGGAUACUUAGUGAUUCACAACCUCGACUAAUCACAACCUUCGAGCCAGUCAGGAAGGGCACAAAUGGUGGUGUAACGAAAGCAGGACUUCUAGCUGCUGCCGCAGCAGGCAGUGUCAUUGGACUGACAUUUGUUCUCUUAGGAUUUCUUACAACGAAAUGCACAUAUGAUGUAGGUCUGAAGCAGCUAUUGGUAAUACCACUUUCUGCCAUGGCCGGGCUGUGUGGAAGUGUCAUAGAUUCCCUGUUGGGAGCAACACUACAAUUCAGUGGAUUUUGCCGUGUACGUAAUAAGGUUGUUGGGAAACCAGGACCAACUGUGAGGAAGAUUUCGGGCUUUAGCAUUCUUGACAACAAUGCUGUGAACCUUGUGUCAGUAUUACUGACAGCAGUUCUGACUUCCAUUGCCUGCUUGUACAUUUUUUGAAAUCCAUUUCUCCAGCUGAUUAAUGUUGUAUCAGAUUAUACGGUUCAAAUCUGCGUUCUUGCAAUUUCGUGUA